CGUAAUCUGUCAUCAACGAAAUUGAAAAAUGGCGUUCUGUACAGCUGUGGAUUGCGCAAUUUAAAUGUAAAUGUGCCCGAAAACCAUAAUUUAAUAGUAUAUUUUGUGUGUUAAAAAUAUUCCAAUGUAAAUUGUGCGUAGUUCAAAUGGCUAGUAUUGUAUAGUGAAUAAACUAUUGAAUUUUGUUGUUUGUGCAAACCAGUCAAAGAUCGUGUAUUUUUUGUGUUGUGAUGUAUUAAAAUUAUUAAUAAUGAAACGAAAAGUAAUACGGCUGUGCAAAUAAUGUAAUGAUAAUGGCUAUAAUAUGGCUGAUCUUAUUUUUGGCCGCGACGAGUGUGUAUUCAGUGCAAGGAUUGCCUGUGGACCCAACGCCACAGACCUACCCGCACGUUCCAGAAACAAAUGGGUCAUUAUUUGAGGGAUGGCGGGAGUCAAGUCUGUAUGCAGCAUUGCCAGCGCUGGUGCUGGUAAUUACUGCUGUAGGACUGCUGGUCGGCUGCACUUGGUGCUAUAGGCACAAAGACUGCAAGCCGAACGAAGGAGCGGACAAUCAGUUGUUUACGGCGAGCGUUACGCACCUACAAGAUGCCCGCCGCUCGCAGCCGCCCGACUCUGGCUUCUCAGAGCCGGUCAACAACAAUGUUAGCGAAGACAACAACAAUGGUCCCAUUUCACUCCGGGAGAUGCAGAACAUCGCGAACAACAACGCAGCAGCCUACAUCGUCAGUGAAAACGAGGAGAGGAAUCGCAUCAGCAGAGAGUCUGUCGUCGAGUUCGAACCGCUACCAGCCGAGAUACGGGUGAUCGAUCCGUUAGAGCGAUGUGCUGACUGGUUUGCUGGGGAGGAUUUCCCGAGAAACCAGUUGCAGUAUCUUCGAGAAAUUGGGCGAGGAUGGUUUGGGAGGGUGGUAGAAGGUGAAAUCGAAGAUGGUGCAAGUAACUCCACAGUCGCCGUCAAAAUCCUCAACCAAAACGCGAGCCUAGAGGACAAAGCGCGGUUCCUCGACGAGGCGCGCCUUUACCGGGACAUGGACCACGAAAAUGUGCUGGGAUUUGUUGCCAAAUGUCUGCAGGAGGACCCCUGGAUACUCAUAUUCGAGCUGUGCUCUAUGGAUCUCCAGCAAUAUCUAGCAGUAAACCGUCCAAAGAUGGCAAUUUUAAAUGAAAGUGGCAUUCCCCUACAGCUCAUGUGUGACGUUACAUCAGCCCUUGCACAUAUACAUUCAAGAGGAUAUUUAUACGGAAACUUGCGGAGCGGCAACGUACUGAUUCGUGGCAGCGACAAUCCACGAGCAGUCCUUGGACAGUACGUGCAAAACGAGCCACAACAUUACUAUAAUGCCAGCAGUGAUGUUUGGUCACUAGGGUUUCUAAUAUGGGAAGUAUGUACGUGGGGCGCGGUGCCGGCUGCCGACCGCUUGCCGCCGCCGCCCGACCUGCCUUGCCCCUACCGCGAUCAUCUAUACCAAGUUAUGCAACUGUGUUGGGCGUCCAACCCCGAGGCUCGUCCGACCGCUGCCCAAGUCCAUGCCCUAAUAAACCACCUGCAUUUCACACAUUCACACGCAAAUGAUAACGCUUCCAAGGACGAUGGCUAUGCAAGCAGUGACUUUGAGGAGCGCUGGCAAAGACUCAAACCCAACACAAUCCCCAAAGUGGACGAACAUGUUGCCAUCAUCCACGCUCCGUCUACCUCCAUGGCCUCCCACUUCACUGGCUCUGAUCAGGACUUUGAUAAUGCACAGACAAUCCAAGAUUCCCUCAGUGUUGAAAUGGAUACUGCUGUCUCCAGGUCCAGCAGUAUAAUGUCCGACAAAGAUGCACUCUCCAUACAAAUUAAAUCUGAAAGUCUCACAAACCUCCACGGAUCUCUAGAAGACGUACGGAACAUCUACCUCACACAUAACGAAACGCCUGCACUUGAAUGUCACCAGGGGAACAUAAGCUUUGAGGAGGUCAAAGAAAAGGAGCAAGACCGCUCCGACAGUUCCAUGGAUCCAUGGCUCAAGGACAUCAUCACUGGAAGCACGGAAGAUGUCAGCUACUACAAAGAUGUCAGUGAUGUUAUUAAAAAUCUGGAUAACAUUUUAAAUUCGGAAAAGACCUCGAGCUCUGAAUCCAGCCACCAAGCCAGCCCUUCAAGGGACAAUCUAAGCUUAGAAUGUAAAAAAGACUACCCUAUGCAAACGAGUAUGGUGAAAUCGCCCGGUAUUAAUAAUUUCCAGAACAUACUGGGUAUGGGUUUCGAUAAAUCGGAGAGUAGUGAACCGUGCGAUGAUGAUGAAGGUGACCGCGACACUGUUGGCACACUCAGCCAUUCGUUUGAACGCCAUAGCGACACCACAAGUCAACAUACUCUCGAAAAUAUUACGCCCGAUACACCUAUAAAAGAUAUAGACGUUGCCAAUAAUAUUCAAACAGGAGCUAUCUCCGAUGAACUUAGUGUAAUAAAUAUAAAGGACUUAAACCAUGUGCACCGAGAUAGUGAAUUGCCAAAUGAUAGUAAAAUAGAUAAUAGUAAUAGUGAUGUACCCAAUUUAAAGGAAUUGUGUGUAGCGUCAAUGCCUAGUGUAAGUGAAACAAUGGAACAAGUGAUCUUAAAACAAGACUGUCAAACAUCGUAUGAUAAUAAUAUUAAAAAUGUAAGCACCGAUAGUACAGAAACUAAGUCAAUAGAGGAUAGCAAAGCUUUUAUAAUCAACGAAAUCGAAAAUCAGGAGAAAGAAAAUGUUACGGUCAUUGCUUCCGAAACAUUUGAAAGUGAGAAAAACAAUGUUCUGAAUUUAAAUGAUAUUAUCUCUCCUGUCGUUCAAGACAUUGCUUCAACAAAAUCCGAAGCAAAUAAUUCUCUAGUCAGUACAAAUUUUAACAUGGAUACAGAAAACAUUAACAAUUUAAGAAACACCUCAACCAGUGAUAUUACAAGUGAAAAUGAAAACAUCAAAGAAGGUUUGGUUGAGAGUAGUUGUAUAAGUUCAAAGCUUGUUCCAUCUUUACAAAUCAAUCAAAGAGAAGAUAAUAUAGACACUUCUAUUAUAUUACCUUGUGAACAACAUACUGAAAUAUAUAAUUCGAUUUCGGAACCUGUAAUUCAUGAAUUUUCAUCUUAUAUGGAAAAUCUUCAUACCAAUCAAAAUUUAACUGAAAUGAAUGGGAAAGAUGAAGGAACUAUUAACAACAUAAUAGACUCUAAUUUAACCAGUCCAAUAAGUUCUUGUAACCAUGAGGUAGAUAUGCCACAAAUGAAUGUCAAAAAUAUUCAUGGCACAAAUAAAACUGCAACGUGUCGAAACGAAGUUUUAUCAAUUGAACUAGCAGAAGGUCCUUUGAUUGCAGCUAGCAGUGAACGUAAUGAUAACCUUAGCCAAAUAAGAGAUGACACGUUAAUGUUCGGAAAUUGCGAUAUUUCAAUAAACCAGAGCAAAGAUCUUAGUCAUAAGAAUCAUUCAAGUUAUCCUUUAAAUAAUUUUCAAGAUGAAAUAGAAAGUGUUAACUUGCUAUGCCUUACGAAAAGCGACAUAUUGUCUGCUGAAAAAGCGUUAAAUCUCGAAAAAUCAACUGAAUCUCUUCCAAGUAUAGAUAUUAUUAAUAGUCCAAGUGAUAGAAAAUUAGAAAAUACAGGUGUUUUAGAGUCAAUAGCGAACCACUUAGAAUUAAAUACAGAGCAGCCUGAGACAGUACAAACUCAUACUAACAUAGAAUCCGAUACAGACGUUUUACACGUUAAUAACAGAAUAGCUGAUAAAAUUCAUUCCCUAGAAAAAGUUUCAACACCUGAACAAGUACAAAAUAGAAAAGAUAGCAUUGCCAGUCUACAUACAGAAGAACCGAACUUUGAAGAUGCAAGAUUGAGCGAACAGUUCAAUGAUACUGAGUAUAUGGAUCUCACUAAUGAUACAAAUAGUAAAAUUUUAAAAGACAACAGCAUAGAUAAUAAUUAUAUGUACAUUAUAAAAUCUUGUCUAGAAACUUCAAGUAGCAAAACUCCUUACACUCUUACCACAAAUGAAUCAACCGCAUACUUAGACCUCCCGAGCAUUAUAAACGAAACUCAUAAUUUCCUGCACUCAGAAAAAUGUCAUAGCCAGUACGUAGAAUUUAAGGGUAAUAUAUGCACGAGUACACCUAAAGGUAGCGAACCGUCAGCAGAAAACACUUUAGAGAGUGCAGAACAGGAGGCCGAUGUUUUUUGCGAGACUAAAGUCCCCAAUUACGGCCCUGGAGUGACAUUAACGAAGCUUGAAACGAAAUACGUCCCAGAAAACCUAAGUCCUUUCGAUUCUCCUUCAAAAAGUCAUCACACGGACACAUAUGAUGAAAACAGUUCAGUAGUUUUAGGCUCAUUUGAAAACUGUACUCUGGAACUGUUCAAAGGCAUCAAAUCCGAAUUAGCCGAUUUGCCUAAAGAGGAACUGUUAGCGUUUUCUUCGAACUUUAGCGAAAUUAAUCUCGAAACGCCGUCUCCGUUGCGAGAUGGAAAUUUUCUGAACGAAGUGCCGGACAUAGUUCCCGACGAAUUGCACUUCGACGAAAUAGCGACGAUAAGUGAGGCUAAGCCUGAAUCACAAACCGCGAAUAACACGGAUGAAACUGAGGAACAGUCCACGACCGAACGUCGAGUCUCGCCUUUAACCCCGCCGAAUUCACCGGGGAACUUCCUCGCGUCGACGUCUCAGCAGAUGUAUUUAGUCGAUAUCGAUAUCAAUCCGAACCCCAAUAACAUCUCUGCUGCUUACCAGGACGCUAUAGAUUUGAAUCAGAUCGAAUUACAGAUAACAACAAAAAUGGCGAUAGCUGAAAAUGAAAAUAACAUGAAUAUAGAAUAUUCCGGGCCACUCACCGAAGAAGGCUUAACUUUAGAUGACACCGUUAUGAGAGACAACGAUGCGAUACCCGAGGUCUAUUUAGCGGGAAACGGAGGAUCUCUGGAAGACGUUAGAGAUAACCUAGCAAUUGAUGAAGAGAGAAUGAAAGAGUUACGGAACGAGUUGGAGCUCAAGUUGCCAUUAGCACAGGUGGCAGGCAUAGAGCCAGCAGUACCAGAAACCGAAAUGACCGAGUUACCACCGCCGCCCGAACUCCUAGUGUCGUACUACACGCUAUCGCCUAUCGCAGAAGAAACUGGCACGCAGCUUUGCGCCUACGAAAAUGACGAUCCCUGGAACAACUCAAACCAGACAGAGUCAUCAGCAAGCUAUCCGGAACCCUGUAAUAACUCCACGGAUGAAGUGACAGAUCUGCCCACCGGGGCGCAGACGGCGCCGCAGCUCUCUGGCUCUACCUACACCGUACACUCCCGGGACCACAACCACACCUACACCCUGCACAGGGAGCCUAGCAGCAAGGAACCCACAAUGAGCGUAGAUAGCUUGAACGCCAGGUCGCCGGAUAAAUCAAAGGACGUCCAAUCGCCGAUCGACGAUAAAACUUACACCAAAAAUGACGACGACGAAAAAGAUUCAAACUGCGAAAGGCUCUCUCAAGUAUCGCCUUUCCUUGUCAGUCCGACCACAGACACGUCGGCUCCAGAAAUGUCUGAUAACGUCGCCGGUGUAUCCACUGUUUCGAAAACGACCGUCCCGACCGACGCAAAGUCAUCCAAACCAUCGGAAACUCAAUGCCUGUCGAAGGCUACGAGUAUCGACUCGUGGUGUUCGAACGAUACUUUAUAUAACGUGGAGGAGAAUUUCGAUGACCUCGCCAUGGAUCCCGAUAUACCAUUGGAUUUCGAAGCGGAGCCAGAAAAGGAUAAGAGUGAAAGCGAAGAUACAUUGACUCACAAUGAUGAAGAAAAGGGCCCGAGCCCCUGCUCCACGUAUAUCAUCCACGACAGCAAAUCAGAAGUCUGUGAAACAUUGUCACGUGAUUCGAUCACUGCUAAUUACCACACUUAUACGAAGGAGAAAACGGAAGCGGCAGGCUCUACAACUCCCGUGAUAAUAGAUCCUUCCACGAAAGAUUUGGCGUAUGGAACUCUGAUGUCCGGAAUGCCUUCUCACUCUAACUGCACUACUGAACUUGUAUCCGCAUUUGAGGAUGCAUGGAUACUCCCUCAACCUGAACAAGUCCGGAGAUCCCCAAUCCAAGACGAUACUAUGUAUUUUACACCACCUAAAGAUGCCGAAAAAAGAGAUAUUUCUCCAAAUCUAAGUCCCCAAACCCCGCAGCUCACGACGGAACCGUGUGUCAAAAAGAUGGAUAGUGUAGAACUAUCAUGUUUACAAGAUAGCCCAGGUGAAGUGAAUCAAAGUGAAACCUGUGACGCGAAGCAAGCCCACGAUGAAAUUCAUAGUUUAGAGAAUAACCCAGAUGAAGUGAAUCAAAGUGAAACCUCAGACUCAAAGCAGGCCCACAAUGAAAUGAAUAGUACAACAAAUUAUCUCUUCAAAGAUAUAGCGUAUUCAGCUACCAGUACACCUAUCGUACCCAUCCAGAAUGAUGAAAACACCGCGGCAAUACCACUUGAAAUACCUCAAGUAGAAGCACAAGGCUCUGAACGCCUCUUGAAUAGUUUUCUCAAUUUUCAAUCAUUUGUAGAAUCAGCAGAGAUACGACCACAAGAUUUAUCUUCUAAUACGAGCGAAAAGUGUGUUAGUUCUGAAAUUUUACUAGCAGGAGAUAGUAAAACGUGGAGUAAAGAUAGCAAUACGCAUGAAUCAGAUAGCAAUAGACAAGUUUCAGAAAUCAGUAGAGAAGUAGCAAGCAUCGGAGAGGUAUUAGAUAGCAAUAGAGAAGUUUCAGAAAUCAAUAGAGAGGUUUCAACAGGCAGCAAAGACCUAUCAGUACCGCCAUAUUCGGAUUUUGAGGGUUCGGCCACGACAAGGCCGCAAGAUGUCCAUGCAAGGAAGUCAAGUCAAAGUUUGGAAAACAGAGAAAGUGCAGAAGAUUUUAGCAAUUUCGAAAGCUCUGUACAAAAUAGUCGUCCGCAAAAUUUAUCGUCAUUAAUUGAUGCUAGCACUCUUUUGAUUCAAAAUGAGAAAAUAUCCAGUGAUCUCGCAAUGGGCGCACAAACGAUUCAAACAAACCCAGAUUUAAAUAAUACAUCACAAAACUGCAUCGUCGUCGAACCAGAAUCUCCUGUUUUUGCCUCAUCUAAUUUUACGAAUUUAUUUGGAUCUCGAAUAGAUAAUAGUCAACCGUUAAAUGUAUUUAUCACAGACCUGGAUAUAGAAGAAGAGACUGAACAACCACAUUCAAUAAUUAUAACCGAGAGCCCUCUAAUAGCAUCCACAGUGAGCCCCAACAAAACAUACGACUCUCACACGAGGGCUAAUUGCAUGGACAUUAAUUACACUUAUGAUUCCCAUACCGGUUAUCUGCCGGUUAAAAAUAUUUGGCAAAACGAUAGCACCUAUUCCGAUCAGAGAGUCAAUGGUCUUAUGAAUGAAAAAUGCGAUGUUUCAGAUAGUGAAUGUGCUACAGAAACAAAUUUAGCUUAUGCCACACCAGCGUGUAUUUCUUUAGAACGAAGCCCGAAAGUUGCUCAGGAGACUUCUCAGGAAAUUGAAUCAAAUACUCAAAUUAAAGAAAGCGAAACAAAAGCUUUGAUAUCAGAUAAAGAGGCUCUGGAAGCUAGUACAAGUGUGAAUUGUAAUGGCGGUAACCAAAUGUACGCCACAGUGAAUUUUCUCAAUGAAACUUUUGAAGAAUUGAUGGAGAGCAAUGUCGAUGAUAACGAUGUUGGUGUCACUGAUUUAAACAAAGAUGACCAAACGGCCAGUUCUUCGGAAAAGUCCCUUGAAAUCGUAACAGAUUCGGAGUCAACCAGAAGUCCCGCUAAUACAUUCGAUGUCCUCGAAGGGCCCACGAUAACCAUCGAACAGUUGUACGAAGACAGGUUGGAUGCGAAUGGUGUUGUUCAAGAAGAGAAGCAAGUGACGUCACUAACGGAAGAUUUUUUACAGAAUGAAAAAAAGUUUUGCCAACUCGACUCAUAUUUCCCUCUCUUAAGUGAUAUUAGAUUUACUGGUCCCGCGACGGAAAUAAUGACCACCUCGUUCACACAAGACUCGCCCACUGACCCCACUUCGCCAGAGUGCGAGCAGGACAGCAAACCGGACGCCACAGCUGAAAUACUGAAAGAGUGGGACAGCGAUAGCGACUCGCAUUCCACCAACUCCUCCAGCGGAGAAUUUAUCUGGAAGGACGGCGACGGGCACGAGACCGCGGUCGUGCCUUCCACACGAUUCGAGCACCAGCGGGACAGCAACUCUCAGCCAAGCCACACGGGGUCUGGUGAUGUGCCUUCAUCCGCCGGUUCGGGGGACUCGGCCUCGGGCUCGGAAGGCGAUGAAGUAGAGUUCGUGCCUUCUUCGUGGGAUUGUCGCGCCGCGCCCUCUAAAUCCUCUCUGCGGAGCUUAGAGCAACCACCGGUAUCGUUCCACCAGGAGAGCAAGAAGCGCGUGGUGUUCAAGCGGCAGAAGUACCACUGCGUGUACGAGUACCCGCGCGAGGCGGCCGACGUGGACACGGACUCGCCCGCCUCCUACCUGCCCGACUUCUCCACCUAUUCCGAAUGGGACCCGACGAGUGCCGAAGAUGCGGAGCUGGGCUACGGGCAGCUGUUUGGAGCGCCGAAUCCUUUGGACAUGUUCUCGCUGAGAGCCGGGAUCGCUCUGGGGGCAGAUUACGACGAAGAUUUCUUCAUAUCGUCAUCGGCUCGGCCCUUCGAGAGCCUCGGCGUGAUGUCGUCCCAGUUCUUCCCCGGCGCGCACCUCAAGCCUCGCGACCUCGAAGACUUCCCGCCCCCGCCCUCCCCGCUCACGCCGCUCCCCGCCACGUACGUACCCACCAUCCCCAGCAUACCCGCCACCACUCCCUCCCUAGACUUCACCACCCCGGACUCCGGCGUCGAAGACAUCACCCCGGGAUCCAUCACCGACGACGACUUCAAAGCCAAAAAAAUGCCAGACUCCGACUCCAAUCAGUGUUGGAGGUUAGUCGACAGCGCCAGCUCUAGCGAAUCGGUCAGCCCGAGCUCUCCUGGGGGCGAAUCGCUAGGCGGAUUGCGUCACACGCGCGAUAAGUUAAAACUUGACCUCCCGCCGAGCCCGCACGUCCCCUCCCCGCGACACAACCGCGUAUUCAAUUUCGUCCUCGACAAACCGAAACGGAGGGACGAGAAACCAGCCGAAGUCACCCCGCCCCCGCUCGUCAUGACGGACGAGACCCCGAUCAUAACAAUGGCGUUACCCGUCCCGAAAGAUUGCGAGGACGUCAUGCCCGAACCGACCUUCUCCACUUUCGGCAAAAGUUCCGGAACCAAACCUCCCCCGAACAAUGAACCGGAGAAAAACAUAAUCCUCACCGAUGAGGAGAGUAUCGAGGCGAAGGAGGAAAGUUCGAGCAAAGUCGAGCCCGUGAAGGGAGAAGGCACAGUCCUCGACAGCGGCGACGAGGACUCCGGCAUAGAGAGCAGCUCCAAGGCCACGCUCGAGCGGAACAAAACACCGAAUAUUUCUUAAGUAGAUCAAAAAAGUAGAUGUAGAUUUCGUAUUGUAUAUAAGUACCUAUACGCGUGAACGGCGCGCAUAUACGAUUUGUCUUAGCACACGGCGACAUUUUCAUGUAAAUUAAAGCGUGUCAGACGCAACUAAAACGCGCUGUCUACUCUACUAAAAAUGACAUGUGAAAGGACCCUAAGGCUUUU